GACCGAACAGACAAACCAGCACGACUUCCACUAACACGGGACCGACAGAGGGAAUGUUGGGAGUAUUUGUUCGAUUGAAAUACUGAAACUUUAACCAGGUACUGAAUCCACAAACUGAACAAGAGUUUAAAAAAGUACAGUACCAAAGUGAAAGUAACUUUCAGGGACGGGGAGUAGCUUUCUGUUUUCUGCGCGGUCAUUAGCUUCAGUGAGAGAUAAAUGGCGUCCAAGUUAGAGGAAGAUUUCUGCUGUCCGGUCUGCCAUGACAUCUUUAAAAAUCCAGUCAUACUGUCCUGCUGCCAUACCAUCUGUAGAGACUGUCUGCAAAGCUGGUGGAAGGAGAAGGGUGGAAGGGAGUGCCCAAUUUGUAGGCGGCGGCAUUCAAGGGAAGGACUACCAUGUAACUUUGAUUUAAUGAGACUGUGUGAGAACUUCCAGCAGGAGAGAGAACAGAGAGAUUCAGAGUUUCUCUGCAGUCUGCACCUACGGAAACUUAACCUCUUCUGUCUGGACCAUCAGGAGCUGGUGUGUCAUGAAUGUAGAGAUUCAAGAAAUCACACCGACCACAGAUUCAAACCUGUCAAUGAAGCUGCACGACAACACAAGGGAGAACUUCAGGAAACUCUGGAGCCCUUAAAGGACAAGUUAAAGAACUGUGAAAAAGUUCAAGUGAAGUUUGAUCAAACAUUGGAACACAUUCAGGUCCAGGCCCGACACACAGAGAUGCAGAUUAAGGAGCAGUUUAAGAAGCUUCAUCAGUUUCUAGAGGAGGAAGAGGAGGCCAGGCUGCGUGCACUGAGAGAAGAAGAGAGGCAGAAGAGCCAAAAGAUGAAGGAGGAGAUGGAGGCUCUAGACAGAGAGAUAGCUGCUCUGUCAUGCACAGUCAGAGCCACAGAGGAUGAGCUGAGAGCUGCAGAUGUCUCAUUCCUGAGUAACUACAAGGCUGCAGUGGAAAGAGUCCAGCAGCAACCCCUGCUGGAGGAUCCACAUCUGCCCUCAGGAGCUCUGAUAGACCAGGCCAAACACCUGGGCAACCUGGGCUUCAACAUCUGGAAGAAGAUGAAGGACAUGGUCUCCUACACUCCUGUCGUUCUUGACCCAAACACAGCUUAUAAAGACCUCCACUUGUCUGACGAUCUGACCUGUGUGAGGCGAGGAGAGCGGCAGCAGCUUCCUGAUAACCCAGAGAGGUUUGAUUCUUACUACUCUGUCCUGGGCUCGGAGGGCUUUGACUCAGGAACUCACAGCUGGGAUGUGGAGGUUGGAAAAAGUCCACGCUGGUCAGUUGGAGUAUUAUUAGAGUCUGUCCAGCGGAAGGGAUUCAUAUGGUCUGGAUUAUGGAGAAUAUGGUUCGAUGGUGGGAAAUGCACAGCACUCUCCCCAUCACAUCCUGAAACCCAGCUCUCAGUGAGGGAGAAGCUAAAUAGGAUCAGGGUUAAUUUGGACUGUAGUAGAGGAAGACUGUCGUUCUCUGAUCCUGAAACCAACACUCACUUACACACCUUUACCCAAACUUUUACUAAGAUAGUGUUUCCAUACAUUUACACUGUGGAUAAAGUGGAGAUUGUACGAGAGACAGUCUCUGUCACUGUGGAACAAAACUAAAAUAUGAUGCUGAUGAUUUUCAUGGACGUCAGUCCGCUGGUAAACAGUCUCAGUCUUUAGAAUUUGAUAUCAAAAUAAGAUCAUAGUCACUUCCAUUGGUUGUCAUUAUAACAGAAUGAGAAAUACAUCUCUAUUAACUAUUACUGUAUUAAAGUCCCUGUAAAGUGAUGAAAAAAAAUCUUUAUUUUAGGUUUGUUGUAUGACAGAUCACAGUGUUACAAACCACCAGGCCUAAUUUCAGUUUUAUAAAACAUCUCUUAGUUUGUAAAAUAAAGCUUUAAAAUCAUUAAAAAUUAGGCUGCUCGAGGAUGUGUGGGUGUGUCCAUUAGAUGAGCUGAAGCCACACCCACCCACAUUAAAUAUUCCCCUCUCAAAUUUUAAAAAUGCCUCUGAUCAGAGCACAUUUGCCUGGCUUUGUGCCAGAACAGAGAGACAGAAGUUGGGGAUUAAAUUUACUGUUUUCUGGUAAUUGCCCUUUAAGAAUGGGGAUGUCAUGGACUCAGAUUUUUGCUCUGCUCAAAUAAAACCAGGAAAGAAGUGUUUACAGAAACAUUAUUCCAACAUAUCUGUUGUGUUAAGACACAAAGAAAUGAAGAUGAUGAUGAGGGGAAGAAAUGUUUGUAUUAGUUUGUGUUUGUAUGUGAGUUAACCUUCAUAUUCAUUUAAGUAUUUGAUCACAAAAAUGCCAAUCUUUUGCUUUCAACCAUCUAUGUCUUGUAUUGAUCUCUCUUUCUUAUCUAAGCAAAGAAAAAAAAAAUCAAUAAGAUGAUGAACUGAUUGUUUAUUUCCUAAUUUCUUUUUGGAAAAGAAAAACAGAGAUUGAAAAACUGAUUUUUUUUGUUUUCCAUUUUUGAUCACCAGUUUAAUAUGAAGCCUCUGAAAGAGUUAAUGACAGCUUGCUUCUUGAUUUCUGAUUUCUUAUUUCAAAUUAAAAAUCUGUUGACAGUAAAAUACACUGACCAGGU